AUCAUCCAUUUUUUAACUUGCACUUCCUGAUUAGGACUUCUAAAAGUUUUUAUUAACUUGUCGUUUUAUGAUUUUUCUGCGCCGUAUUAGGAAUUCCAGCAAUGAUCCAUUAACAUUAGGGUCACCGUCGGAUUUUACAUCUGAUAGGUAUGUAUAAGUUGCAUUAUGAUCAUGCUUUGCACUAAUAGCAGUGUUUAGCGAACUGUGUUGACAUAAAACUCGGAAGGAAGAUAAAGGGACUUGCUAACGUUCCUAUAUUCCUUAGAUCUAGAUGUUCCGAUGUUCCAUCACAAAUUCAAAAUGUAGAGUGGUUUCCUGAGGCUGUGUUUUGUUUGAAGUUAAGUUAUGUUAACUUUAUCCCUGGUAGAUCAACUUAACUAUAGUUUUGUGUUAGCUACUAAAUCGGUUAACUAAAAUUACCGUUUGACGUGUUAUUAUUAAUAAAAGAUACAUUUGGAAAAUUUAAUUAUGAUGGUUUAAUCUUCGAUUAGUGUAGUUAAAGUGCUUUGACUGAGUUAAAUUAACCAAGUCUAAUCCCAAGGAGCUUGGUGGGUUAAGCUUUUGAGUCCUGACCCACACCUUAACGCUGAACCAAACGGCGCCUAAACAAUUAUGUAAAUAAGCAUGUUUUACGACAUCACCCUAUAAAGUCCUAUAUCUUUUUAUGUGAUUAUGUCAAGAAAAAAAAGUGAAUUAGAUGGAAGAAAAAGAGUGUGAAUCGUCUGCUAAAACCCCGGUGAAUCCUGAAUGUUUCAAUUAGAAUUAUUGGUAUAACAUGAGAUCAGGUCUUAGGUUAAUGGGCAGCUGCAAGCCUGCAAGUAGCACCCAGGCUUCGAAAUGAAAAUUUAUUCUUGAUUAAUCACCUGAUUACAUUAAUAGCAAUGUUCAGCUAUUUGUAUGGCCUUAGAUAUCUGUUAGUCACAGCAAACGGAAAGAAAGUGGAGCAUUUACUAUCAGCAAAAAGAAAUAUAUAUUUUUACUAUGACGCCAUAAAUCACAAAUUUCGUCCAGGCAUGGUAAUUCACAACUAGAAAGAAAUACUAAUGGAAGAAGAAUCCCUUCUCCACUUCAUUCAGUCAUUACAAGUCAGGUCUGGAACACAGAUGAUUCAAGGCACCGGUUUAUUACUGAUAUCUGAAAGUAGUUUAUGAAACCUUUCUUCUCUGAAGUAUGACUUGUACGAUUUGAAUAACCACACAGUGCAACUUUUGUACAAUUUGAAUAACCACACAUUGCAACUUUCGUACAGUUUGCAUAUUGAUUUUUGAUUUUUUGCAUGUGUGACUUAUAAAAGUAUUGAUAAGUUGUACUCAUUGUUGUGUUUUCUUGAGAAGUUCUGAUCUACUCCCUCCGAUCCAUAUUAAUUGUCUCAAAUUUGCCCAAAUAUGGAUGUAUCUAUGUCUAAAAAGCGUCUAGAUACAUGUAAUAUUUCGACAAGUAAUAUGGAUCGGAGGGAGUACAUUCCAGUUAAAAGUCCAACCAGACCUUGUUUACCAAAUAUUCUUGUAUGGCAUCCAUAUACAUUUGAUGAUUAAUCUGGAUAAAUAGGAUAGCUUGUGUAAAUUUUAAAAUUUCUUCUUUAGAAUAAAAGCCUGGAUAUAAGUAGGAUACCCAAGCUUGCACAAGCAGCAGCAUAAAGCGGAUGCUUAGACUUGUAAGCAUCCACUUAAAAAGCUCAAAGGAGGAUGGAUGGACUUGUUGAAUUUUGUAUCUGCUCUGAACUUCUAUAAUCUUCUGCUCUAAAUUUCCUUAGAAUAAAAGGUUGUAUAUGAAUUGGACAGCCAAGCUUUUCACAAGCAAACAUGUGGUGAUCCAAUGAAAAAGGCUCAAAGAAAGAUAGGCAGGCUUGUCAACAUUAUUAUCUGCUCUAAAUCUCUAUGAUCAGAUCUGUUACAUCAUAACUGUCUCUUACAUUUCUGACCGUGAUUUGCAGUAAUGAGCUCUCAAGAUUCAAGCUGCUGUCGGUGGAUUCUUUACAUAAUGAGGUUGAAUCAUCUGACAGUUCUAGUGUUGAUUCUGAUGAGGAGGAUGAUGGAGGUCUUGGUAAUCCUUUUCUUUUGGAUGGUUUUGGAAAUCGAACAAAAUGGAGAUUAAGUGACUUAAAUGCAGAAUUUGAUAAUUAUUUAGAAGAGCAAGCAAAUAAGCCAAAAGAAAAGAAAUCCACAAAAGAAGAAAGACUUAAGGACUCACAGUGAUUGUAUGGAGCGAUAUAUGAGAUCUGCUUUGCAAAAGUACAACAUUGAAGAAAUUUUUUCUGAGGAUAUGUACUUUAGGUUUGAUGAAGUUCAAAGUCAGAGCUGGAUCGUGGAAGGAGAGUAUGACAAUCAGUUUUAUUAUCAUUUUAAUUUUGCAGCUACACAAGAUAGGUCUAGAACCUGUAUGUUUUUUGCUGAAGUAACCCCAGAAGAUGGAGAUGAGUUUGAUAUUGUUUGCUGCAAGCUUUUAGGGGAUGAUGAUAAUGGACACUGCUAUGGUUGCAAAAAUGCACGUGCGGAGGGCUUGAGGCAUCCAGCCUGUAGCAGUGUGUAUGUGGGAGGCCAUGAAGAUCGAAAGUUCCCUUUUAUGAUUGACAGCGAGAGUGAGGAUGACAGUGAUUGAGAGAUUGAUAGCUGUGGAGGACAAUGAUUUCGAGAGGAAACAAUUUGGAAUCUGAACUUGUGUUGUUCGUGUGUAAUGAUUUAUUUGUUCAAACAUUUAAGUGUGACGAGAGGGUACGGAGAAGACGCCCCAAGUCAAACUAGUAUAGCAUUCGGCAUAUCUGGAAUGAUGUGAUAUGAUUUACAAUUAGGAUAUUUAUUAGUUUUCUCGUGCUUGUUCUGAUGUUGGUGUCCUAUGUCUUUUUCUAUAUAGAUGCAUAGCGUGCAUGUCUUGUUUAGAGCAACUUUGGAAGAAAAAAGACAUGUUGGUACUUUGUACGAGCUUUAUUCGAUGAACUGGGGCCUGUCAGGAUGGCUCACUUAAGAGGCUCGAAA